AGAAGCUUCGCGGCAUAUGACCCAGAUCCAGUUUCCAAGCUUGGGUUCUUUCGAGAGCGUUGAUUAUUAAAAUGAUCAAAUAAUCAACUGAUCCUCCAUUGUCAAAAAAGCGGCUCUUUCCAUCUCUAUUUCUAUCUUUCAUGUCUAUCCCUUUUUUUUUUUUUGGUGUGUGUAUUUUCAAUGCUUUUGAAAUUGGGGGUCGUAUUGUAUUAGUGGAGGAACAGCGGACGGGUUCUUUCUGUGGCCAGUACGAAACAUUAUAACUUUUUUAUUUUUUUCCUUUUUUAAUUCAUUCAUAUUCUAGGAUGCGGUUUCUGAAGACUUCUAGAAGCAACUCCACGUCACUGUGCUUUUUAUUUUCCUUCUCCCUUCUUCUUUAAAAGGACUCCUCAUGAACUGGGAAAAAGAAGAAGUAUUAUUAUUAUUAUUAUUAGCACAACGAUCUGGGUUCCUAUAUUCUUCCCAUUUUGUAGUUAUGAUCCAUUCCUUCUCUCUAUUCCAAUAUGGGACUUCUUGACAAGCCCCCCCUUCGCUCUAUCUCCGGUUUCUACUGCUGGGAUUGGGAAUUCCUCACCGCUCUUCUUCUCUUCAGCCCACUCAUAUUCUGAUCCUCUUUCUUCUUUACUGUAAUAUAUUCUCUCUUUCUUUUUUACCUUUCUCAUAUCCAUGGCACAGAGAUCGCUCCCGGCCCCGUUUCUCACCAAGACCUAUCAGCUGGUGGACGACCCUGCCACCGACGACGUCGUUUCCUGGAAUCAAUCUGGCUCUACAUUCAUCGUCUGGAAAACCGCCGAUUUCGCCAGAGAUUUGCUUCCCAAUUACUUCAAACACAACAAUUUCUCUAGCUUCGUCCGUCAGCUUAAUACUUACGGGUUUCGCAAGAUCGUACCGGACAAAUGGGAAUUCGCCAACGACAAUUUCCAACGGGGUCACAAGGAGCUCCUCUCCAAAAUCCGCCGCCGAAAGGCCGUCAUGAUAUCCCAACCCUUGCAAACUAUUCAUCCCGCCAAAUCUGUCGGCGGUGGCAACUCCUCGCCGUCCAACUCCGGUGAGGACAUCGGAUCCACUUCGACCUCGUCACCGGAUUCGAAGAAUCCGGGAUCGGUGGAGAUGGGAACAAUCGCACAAUUCGCCGAUCUGACUGAGGAGAACGAGAAAUUAAAGAAGGAUAACGAGAUGUUGAACUCGGAGCUUGUACAGACUAAGAAGCAGUGUGAUGAGCUCGUAACGUUUCUGACGGACUAUUUGAAGGUAGCGCCGGAUCAGAUCAACCGCAUCAUGAGACAAGAAGGGAACAACCCGCUCGGUUCUACUCAAUAUAACGACGGCGCUGAUUUGAAAGGCGACGGUAGGAUCGACGAUGACGAGGACGACGAUGAAGAAGACGGCGGCGAAACUCUGAAAUUGUUUGGGGUUUGGUUAAAGGGGAAAAAGGAGAAGAAGAUGAAAAGGGGUCGAGAGGAGGAAAUGGGGUGUAGCAACGCACCACAUGCAAAAGCAAUGAAGUCGAUUGAGAUGCACGCGCCGUUGAUGACGAGCAGCAAUCUCUGCAACUGAGGACUGAGCGCGUGGAAGCCAAAUCAGCACCAGAAUUGUGAGACGACGCCGUUCCAUGGAAGCAAAGUUAAAUAAUAAUAAUAAUAAUAAUAAGUAGUAGUAGUUUCUAGAGGGUUCAAAGGGACUCGGUUGGUGGAGGAGCGAUCUGUAGCAAAUGUUUGUUUGUUUUUUUUUUUUUUUAAAUUCAAUUAUGAGAGAGAAAGAAAGAAGAAGAAGGUAGGAAAUGUGUAAUAAGAAAGAAAGAUAGAAUUGGAUAUUGGGUAAUGUAAAAAUGGGUAGCUUCUAGAAUGUAGAGAAAGGUGUAUGUAAGGGUGGAUAUCAAAAGUAAAUGGGUGUCCAUUUCUUACACUUUUAAAAAUCUUUGCAAUGUUUCAAACACAUCUAUUUUUCAUA